CGGUGGCGGCUGAGCGGGGCCGGAGCGGGGGCCGGGCGGCCCAUGGGGCCGGGCCGCGCUGCCGAUGGAGCCGCCGCGCAGCUGUGGCGAUGGCGCGGAGGACGAGAAAAAGCCGCGGCGGCGGGGCGGCGGCGGCGGUGCGGACGCCGGACCCUCCCAGCUGCGGCGGCGGAGCAGCGGCGGCGCGGCGGGCGCGGACAGCGCGGCGGGUCCGCAGCCCCGCGAAUGCGGCGGGUCCGUGAGCCGGCAGCGGCGGGACUCGGUCCGCAAGAACCGCCCGCUCUUCCCCUGGUUUGGUUUGGACAUUGGAGGCACUUUGGUCAAACUGGUUUAUUUUGAACCCAAGGACAUCACGGCCGAAGAGGAAGAGGAAGAAGUGGAAAACCUCAAAAGCAUCCGCAAAUACCUGACCUCAAACGUAGCCUAUGGCUCCACAGGCAUUCGGGAUGUGCACCUUGAGCUCAGGGAGCUCACCCUGUGUGGACGUAAAGGCAAUCUGCACUUUAUACGCUUUCCUACCCAUGACAUGCCUGCUUUUAUCCAAAUGGGAAGCGAAAAGCACUUCUCGAGCCUCCACACCACCUUAUGUGCCACGGGAGGUGGAGCGUACAAAUUUGAGCAGGACUUUCGCACAAUGGGUGACCUUGAGCUGUGCAAGCUCGAUGAGCUGGACUGCCUCAUUAAAGGAGUGCUGUACAUUGACUCCGUGGGCUUCAAUGGACACUCAGAGUGUUACUAUUUUGAGAACCCCACGGAUGCUGAGAGGUGCCAGAAGCUUCCAUUCAACCUGGAGAAUCCCUAUCCUCUCCUCCUGGUGAACAUUGGCUCAGGGGUCAGCAUUUUGGCUGUCUAUUCCAAAGACAACUAUAAACGGGUAACAGGCACCAGCCUUGGAGGUGGGACCUUCUUUGGUCUCUGCUGCCUUCUGACAGGCUGCUCCACGUUUGAGGAGGCCCUGGAGAUGGCAUCCCAUGGGGACAGCACCAAGGUGGACAAACUGGUGAGGGACAUCUAUGGAGGAGACUACGAGCGCUUCGGGCUGCCAGGCUGGGCUGUGGCAUCCAGCUUUGGAAACAUGAUGAGCAAGGAGAAGAGGGAAUCUGUCAGCAAGGAGGACCUGGCCAGGGCCACUUUAAUCACCAUCACCAACAACAUCGGCUCCAUAGCACGGAUGUGUGCCCUUAACGAGAACAUCAACCGGGUGGUGUUCGUGGGCAACUUCCUUCGGAUCAACACCAUCUCCAUGAGGCUCCUGGCCUAUGCCUUGGACUACUGGUCAAAGGGGCAGUUAAAAGCACUUUUCUUGGAACAUGAGGGUUACUUCGGUGCAGUCGGAGCUCUCCUGGGACUCCUGGACUCAGCCUGACUCUGUGCAGGAUCUGUGGUGGACCUGUGGAUUCAGGGCACUCCCUGGGCCACUGAGCCCCUGAUUUGGUGUCACUGAGCCCCUGCUUUGUGUCACAGCCCCCACUGAGACUGUUCCACUGUGGGGACAGCCUGGGGAUGGUGUCUGGAAGAAUUGAAAUCCAUCUGGGAUUACAGCACAGGUUUGUUCCAAAGGAUGUGAUUGGAAUACACUGGCUGGACCUGGGGGUGUAUGGGAAGGUCUGGGGGGCAUUUCAGUCACAUGGAAUUGCCCUUUUUAGGGGAUUUUUUUUAGUUUUACUCCAUGUUUAAUGACGGUGACAAAGCAGAGCAGGGGCACUCUGCUCCUUCCACUGGCAUCCCUUGGAGUGCCAAGUGCCCAGGUCAGUUCUGUGCUCACAAUCAGAGAUUCUCCAGGUGCUGGAAAAUGCUCUGGGAGAGGGGAAGAGCAUCAGCACAGCCCUGGUGUGUGUAACUAACUCCAUCCACACUGGGACACAGCUGUGCUGUCACCAGGCUUUAUUUAUCCCUGUUCCACAUGUCCUUGUGUCUGUCCCAGGGAUGGAAGGUGCAGCACAGCACAGGUCUGUGCCUCAGGGUGAGUCCCAUUGCAGUCUCCAGCCCUCCUGCACCUCCUCAGCACCCUCUGGGAUGCUGUCAGGGGUGUCAGUCAGCCUCCAGCCUUGAGAUCUAGAUUUGAGGGUGGAAUAGGGAUAUUUGUUUGUUUGUCUGGGGUUUUCUCUCUGUUACCAAAGAGACACUUCCUUCAGUCACACUUGGAUCUCUGUAAUAUUCCAUGUUCCAUUUUCCAUGGCUGCACUCCUGUCAUUUUGGGGAAUUCUCCCCUUUCCAUGCAUGCUGUGCUCCCUCUUUUCCCUGUGCAUGCUGCCACACAGCCUGUCAGCAGGAUACUGCAGUGUGGAGCCCCUGUGGAAGUUGCACCCCGGGGAUGGGGGCUUGGAAUGGAUCCUGCACGCUCAAUAAACGCUCUCUAAAAGCAACAAGGUAUCUGCACCUUCCCUGGGGAUGGGAGCUCAUGGAGAUGCAGAUUUGGAAGGGCUCUGGCUUCCCAGCGAGCAGCUCUGUGGAGCACAGGGAAAGCUGCUCAGAUCCUUCAGAUCAGGUCAUGGGUUUAUCCCAGGAUAUCAAAAUGACCAUCACCCUGAUCCCAACACACCCUUCCACUCCUGUAUUUUUCCCAGAGAAACCAAUUUCCAAUUAUUAAAUUUUUUUCCAAUUGGAAUUUUUUCCAAUUUUUCUCUGAUUCCCUUGUGAGCCUGGCUGGAAGUGCUGGGCAGCCCCAAGCCCUUCCCUGCCUUAUGAAUCUGCCCAGCUCUGCUCGUUGCUGUAUCCUGAGAUCUGAACACUCCAAGGUGGGUUCCUUGUGUGGCACCUCCCUCUGAAAAGGAAGGAAACUACAGAUUCAGAGGGUGUUUGCUUUGCUGGGGAGAUCUGUGUUUGUCUCUAAACUCAGCUGAUCUGAGCUGGGAUUCUGGACACAGCCAGGGAUUUAAUCCCAGUAAAAUCAGGGAAAAGAGCACAGGGCUUCUGUGGAAGGUGAUCUGUGCUGGCUGGGGAGAAAAAUGUUUGUUUUUCCUGCAGCCUUACACAAGUUCCAUUUGUGUCCUGGUCUUUGUUCCAGGAUCAUACAGCUCAGGGAAUGGUUUGGGUGGGAAGGGACCUCCAAGCCCCUCUCAUUCCAUGGGCAGGGACAUCUCCCACUGUCCCAGGCUGCUCCAAGCCCUGUCCAGCCUGGCCUUGGCACUGCCAGGGAUCCAGGGGCAGCCGCAGCUGCUCUGGGCACCCUGUUUGGGAUCAGCUGAAUUCAAGUUCUCAUUUAUUCUUCACUCCUUGUGAAAUCACACAAAGGUUCCCAAACUCUCCAUUAAAAACAUCUCCAUUUCCAGAGUGCUGACUGAAGGGUUUCUGGACUCAGCUCCUGCUGCACCACCUGAAAUUUAACACAAAUGUACCUGGCUGGCCUUUCACCCACCCUCACAGACAAAACUCAUGGAAAAGGCACAGAAACUUGUGUCUUUUUAGAAUGUUUGUGUGCCUGGGACCUGUGUGGCUCCUUGAUGUAACAGGUCAGUGAUAGGCUGGGCUGGGAGGGUGUGGGGAUCCUUCAGAUCCACAGGAAAAAGCCUGGUUUUUCUUAAGAAGCCACCUUGCCAUGGUUCUGCUGUGGAGAGCUGGGAAAUCUCUGCAAGGCUGGGAAUUCCAGCAGCAAUCCCAGAGCCUGAUCCCUGCCCCAAGGCACUGGAGUCCCUGGGCUCGGCAUCCUGCAGGUUUUCCUUUCCUCACUCUGUACAUGAGCCUGUGUAACUCCUUUUUCUCUGGAUUUUGGAGUAGCUCCAGCACAGUCUGAUCCCAGCAUCAAAGCUCCCGGCUUAUUGUCUAUUCCUUUUUUGUAAACAGCUUGAUUUUUUUCUUUGUUAUAAAAUAUUAGCUAUUUUUUUAUAUGCUUCAAACCCUUUGUUUGCUUUAUGUCUCAUUCUUGGAGCUCCAGCACAGUGGGAUGGAUGUUGGUGGGAAUGAGCAGGAAUGUUCUGGGGAAAUUGACCCCACUUGGUUUUUAGGUCACUGAAAAUAAUUGUUGGUAAUCCUUGAUCCUGCAUGUUUCAGGUUCUGGGAAUCAGUUGU